GCCGCACCUACCCAGUCUCCUGCCCCGCCCCGGCCUGCCCGGCUCCGGGCGCCGGCGUUUGCCUCCGGGGCGAGCGGCUCCGGGGCGCGAGGUCGGCCCAGGCGUCCGCUCCCGCAGGGGUCGCGACCCGGGACGGCUAUCGCGGCCGGUGGUCCCGGGGCCUCCGCUGCGGCGUGAGGCCGCGGGUGAGGCCGGGCUCCCGGGAGUCCCCGCAGGCCUGGGGACGAGUCUUUUGGAGACUCAGCCCAUCCUCAGAGGAAAAGCCCAGAAAGAGGACAUGGCUACUGGACAGGGGGAAGGAAGCUCUCAGUGGUUAACACAGGGCCUGGAUCGUACUUUAUGCUGCUUGCUAUAUGUUCGUCGUUGGUUGAAUGUUCAUUAAAUAAGUGGACUGGAACUCUCAGAACCUUGAAUGAUCUCAGAAGCAUCUCGGGUGGCCUGCUGGCCCCCCUCCAGUGAUGCCUUCUUCACCCUGUGCGAUGGCUGAUCCUUGGUGUCCGUGACCUUCAAGGAUGUGGUUGUGCUCUUUACUCGGGAUGAAUGGAGAAAACUGGAUCCUUCUCAGAGAAACUUGUAUAAGAAUGUGAUGCUGGAGAACUAUAGGAACCUAAUCUCAGUGGGACUCCCAUUUUCCAAACCAAAAGUGAUCUCCUUGUUGCAGCGAGGAGAAGAGCCCUGGAAGGUAGAGAAAGAAAGUCCUGGAGGCUCCUCUCUAGGAUGGAAGAGCAGUCAUAAAACCACAAAGUCAACUCAAACACAAGACUCGUCAUUUCAGGGACUGGUAAUAACAAGAUCCAAAAGGAACAGACCCUGGGACUUUAAAUCAGAAAAUCCCUGUGUAUAUGAAAAUAGAUUAGAAAAACAGGAUAAAAAGGAAAAAAAUCUCACUAUAGAAAGAAGCCAUAGAAAUACUGAAUUUGACCAUAACUUAAGCCUAAAACCAGUCCCUGAUAGACGACAGAUUCUUCCUAGAGAAAAAACACUGCCAAAGUAUGAAAUACAAGGAAACAACUUCAAACAGAAUUCAAAUUUACUUAACCAACCAAAAAUCAACACAGCAGAGAAACGCUAUAAAUGUAGUAUGUGUGAGAAAACCUUCAUUAACAACUCAUCCCUUCGUAAACAUGAGAAAAACCAUAGUGGAGAGAAAUUAUUUAAAUGUAAAGAAUGUUUAAAAGCAUUCAACCAAAGUUCAGCUCUGAUUCAGCAUCAAAUAACUCAUACUGGAGAGAAACCCUAUGUAUGUAAAGAAUGUGGGAAGGCCUUCACUCUUAGUACUUCACUAUAUAAACAUUUAAGAACCCAUACUGUGGAAAAAUCCUAUAGAUGUAAAGAAUGUGGCAAAUCCUUCAGCCGAAGGUCAGGACUUUUUAUACAUCAAAAAAUUCAUGCUGGAGAAAAUCCCUAUAAAUAUAAUCCAGGUAGGAAGUCAUCUAGUUGCAACACAUCCCUUCCUGGAUGUCAGAGAAUUCAUUCCAGAAAGAAGUCCUAUUUGUGUAAUGAAUGUGGCAACACCUUUAAGUCUAGUUCAUCCCUUCGUUAUCAUCAGAGAAUUCACACUGGAGAGAAACCUUUUAAAUGUAGUGAAUGUGGGAGAGCCUUCAGUCAGAGUGCAUCUCUUAUUCAACAUGAAAGAAUUCACACUGGAGAAAAGCCCUAUAGAUGUAAUGAAUGUGGAAAAGGCUUCACUUCUAUUUCACGACUUAAUAGACACCGAAUAAUUCACACUGGUGAGAAGUUUUAUAGUUGUAAUGAAUGUGGUAAAGCCUUAAGUUCCCACUCAACACUUAUUAUUCAUGAGAGAAUUCAUACUGGAGAGAAGCCAUGUAAAUGUAAAGUGUGUGGAAAAGCCUUCAGACAAAGUUCAGCUCUCAUUCAACAUCAGAGAAUGCAUACUGGAGAAAGACCCUAUAAAUGCAGUGAGUGUGGGAAAACAUUCAGGUGUAACUCAUCCCUUAGUAAUCAUCAGAGAAUUCAUACUGGAGAGAAACCAUAUCGAUGCCUGGAAUGUGGCAUGUCUUUUGGUCAAAGUUCAGCUCUUAUUCAACAUCGCAGAAUUCAUACAGGAGAGAAACCCUUUAAAUGUAAUACAUGUGGGAAAACUUUUAGACAAAGUUCAUCACGUAUUGCACAUCAGAGAAUUCAUACUGGAGAGAAACCCUAUGAAUGUAAUACGUGUGGGAAACUUUUCAACCACAGGUCAUCUCUUACGAAUCAUUAUAAAAUUCAUAUUGAAGAGAACCCCUAGAAAGUAGAUUUCCAUGUGCAAAAGCCUUAAACCAAAGCUUAUCGGAGAAUGCAUACUUGUGAUGAUGUAAUAAAUGUAUUGGAUAUGAAAAAACUUAUCUAUAGGAAUUUAGUCCUCAUCAGAUAUUAAAUUCCAAGGCUAAACCUUGACUAUGUAAUAGAUAUGAGGAAAGCAUUCAUGUCUGUCAGACACUUAAAAUAACCUGAGAUGAAGAAUUCACAAGAGACAUUGACUUUGGGUGUUUGUAAAAUAAAGGUGUUUUUUUUUUUUUUUUUUUCCUCUCCCUUUCUAUAGCAGUAUACACUAGAUGUCAUAUGUGGUUGCCAUAAACAUCGGUGGGUGGGAAGGUUUGGGUUGGAUAUCACUAGAAAAACAUCAAACCUUAUAGACUGGUAAUAUAUUUUUUAUAACAUUUUAGUAGCAUACAAAAGGGUUGUUUAAAGAAACUAUACAUUUUUAGAGAAAAGGACCAAAUAAAAGAUAAAAAAUGAACUGUUAACUACCUCUCAGUCUCUGGGGUUUGUCCUUUUCUUUACCUGAUGUCAAACUUUGUGCAUGUAUUUCAAUAAAAAGAAAAAAAGAAAGGUCUGUUCUCUUCCUUUGUUCUUCUAAUAAUGAAUUAGGAAUUUUCUACCCAAGUCUUUAUUUUAUCAGAUUAUUGUCUGCACUGAAUUCAUUUAAUUAUGAAACUAUCUGCUAUAUAUUAUAAAUUUUCAUCUUGGGUAUAUUCAGUGGGAAAAAUGGGCAACACAUCAAUUGUAAACUAAAUGCUGUCUUCUAAUUGUCAGCAAAAAGGUCAGAAGAAGUUUAAUGAAUUUAACACCUGUAGCAAAGUCUUGAAAAUGACAUCAAUAUCAUGAAAUAAAAAGAAUGUGUUUUUUAAUUGA